AUGGCGUCCUUGGUUUCCUGGCCAGGAUGCUUGAGGGACGGAAACCGCGAAAGGGAAAGGGGAAGCGAUAUCAAUCGAGCGUAUAGUAUGGUGGGGCUAGAUUCUUACAACGCAACAGCUUCUAUUCAUUACACUCCAUUUGACUUUCCUGGAAACCUGCAGGAUUUGGAAUCAACGAUUCAACGUUCAUCUCCAGUCCCUUUCAAGGACUCAUCUAGUUUUGAAUUAUAUGAGGAUGAGGAUCUUCUCACACAGUAUCGUGGUAGCUUGCCAGGAACCUUGCCUUCUCCUGUAUCCCACAGCGAGCUUGAAAUCGACGAGGCUCUACCUUUUAUUCCAAAUACAGCAGGGAACGCCGAUGAUCGACAAAGGCCGCUCUUUUUACAUCCAGAGUACCCCGUGGAUCAAAUCAACAGGGCUUCUAGUGCCAAACCAUCGACUAAUCUCAAAGAGACAAUCGAUAUAUUGGUUGAACAGAAUGAUGAUAUUGCUGCAGCAAGAUCGCGGGUACAAGAACUGCGGUUGAUUUUAAGAUACAAGAGGGACGAAGAAGGACAGCUCAGAGCCGCUCUGAUGAAGAGGCUUAGGAUGCUCUUUCUACAAGAUGGGGCGCAAAAUAUCAAGCCACUUCUCCAGGAAUUUGAACACCUUGAGUUAGCCGCGGAGACAUCUUUGGGCCUGGAACGUAAUUUCCAAGAGGCAGAAGAUGACCUGGUGCAGCAGGAGUACGCACUCCUCAAAUCGAUGAGAAGACUCUCCGAUAUCCUUAACAGAGGCUCCUCACAUCCCGUGCUGAAAGAAAACCUAGAAAUGGAGAAUGGAGACCUGGAUGACACAUCAUCCAUUGAUAGUAUGGAGCAAAACCUACCUCCAAGUGUAGUGGAAUAUCUGUCUCGGGUGGGAGACGUGCGCCUUCUUCAAGAGCAACUUUCUGGUCUUGACUCAUCAUGGCUUGCUAUUAGUGAUAAAAAGACCCAACGGCAACAUCUCGGCAUAUCCAUGGACGAUGAGUCGCAAGAGUUCCUGCGCACCUACUCUGAAAAAAGAAACCAGAUGCGGAAAGAAAUGAACGAUGUUCUCCUCGACGUUGGUCGGCUACGAGCCAUCUGCGAGGAACAAGGCGUUCUGACGGAUGAAUACACAGGAGGCGUUGAUAUCAUCCAUGAGCUAAGUCUGGAUUGCCUUGUUAGGGAGGCAGAGGAUCCACUCAAGACAUCAGCACUCGAGGAUAGAUCACCAUUCUUUGAGCCGGAGACUUCUGCACCGUUCAGCCGAACUGCGUUCAUCAACAAAUGGAUCCUACACCAACUGCGUCACUCGGCUAUCGAAAUCAGACGAUUGAAGUCUCUUCCAGAACUGCAGAUGCUGUGGGAAGAGGGCUGCGAUGAAAUGAGCAUUAGCCGGUUGGCACUUACAGUGUGGUAUACAGACGACACUGCUAUAUUGUCACCACGAACCUCUUCACAACUCGAAUACUAUACAGAAGAUCAAGACAUUCUCGAUCCACUUAUAGAGCUUGACGGAGAUCCUGAUAGACAAACAAUGGACUAUUCCAUAUUUCGGAGAAGCAACUCAGUCCCAUAUCCUGAUCAACCAUAUCGAACCAAUCCAAUCUAUCAUCGUUCUCUAUCUGUGACUUGA